CUCGGCCCCUGACUAGUUACAGGCUCUGGGAGAAGCAAAGCGCCACCGCCCGGCUGCCGCUUCACCCCUGGGACCCAAGCGUGACCGCCUAACUUCUGUGCCCUGUCCCCAAACGCGCGCCCGCGGAGCGCCGUGCUCUAGCCCAGCAAGUGCGUCCGGCUGCAGGUCCCAGUCGAAGGCGAUGCGCGCAGGGGGCCGGGCAGUGGGGCUCGGGCGGCGGGAGUAGGGCCCAGCCAGGAGCCGGGAAGUUGCAGGGUUAGAGCCGCGGACUGAGCCGCGGGCGGAGACCGCUCUCUCUCCUCGCCACACCUGCUGCCGCCACCGCGCCGCGAUGAGCCGCGUGGUCUCGCUGCUGCUGGGCGUCGCGCUGCUCUGCGGCCACGGAGCCUUCAGCCGCCGAGUGGUCAGCGGUCAAAAGGUGUGUUUUGCUGACUUCAAGCAUCCCUGCUACAAAAUGGCCUACUUCCACGAGCUGUCCAGCCGAGUGAGCUUUCAGGAGGCACGCCUGGCCUGUGAGAGUGAGGGAGGCGUCCUCCUCAGCCUUGAGAAUGAAGCAGAACAGAAGUUAAUAGAGAGCAUGUUGCAAAACCUGACAAAGCCUGGAACAGGGAUUUCUGAUGGUGACUUCUGGAUAGGGCUUUGGAGAAAUGGAGACGGGCAAACGUCUGGCGCCUGCCCAGAUCUCUACCAGUGGUCUGACGGAAGCAGUUCCCAGUACCGAAACUGGUACACGGAUGAACCUUCCUGUGGGAGCGAAAAGUGUGUUGUGAUGUACCAUCAACCAACUGCCAAUCCCGGCCUUGGGGGUCCCUACCUUUACCAAUGGAAUGACGACAGGUGCAACAUGAAGCACAACUAUAUUUGCAAGUAUGAACCGGAAAUUAACCCAACAGCCGCAGUAGAAAAGCCUUAUCUUACAAAUCAACCAGGAGACACUCAACAAAAUGUGGUUGUUACUGAAGCAGGCAUAAUUCCCAAUCUAAUUUAUGUUGUUAUACCGACGAUACCGCUGCUCUUACUGAUACUAGUUGCUUUUGGAACCUGCUGUUUCCAGAUGCUACAUAAAAGUAAAGGAAGAACAAAAACUAGCCCAAACCAGUCCACACUGUGGAUUUCAAAGAGUACCAGAAAGGAAAGCGGCAUGGAAGUGUAAUAGUUCAUUGAUUUGAUUCCAGAAAUGAAAAUUAGAAUUUUAUAAUUCUGGAUCUGUAUAAAAAUGGCAUCAGAACAUUAGCUUGGAAUGGCUUGAAACCUCAAGGGAUCUGCAAGAUGAACUGUAAGCUCCCCCUUGAGGCAAAUAUUAAAAUAAUUUUUAUAUGUUUAUUAUUUCAUUUACAAAACAUGCUGUGCUAAUAAUGGAGUGAGACAUGCUUAUUUUGCUACAGAAUGCGCCCAACCUUUGAGUAAACGGAAUGGACCAUGCAGAUUAAAUUGCUACCAACACAUCGGGAGUUAUGUGUGGGAAGCAGUUCUUUUUAUUUCCUUCAUCUUUCAUAAGUUGUAAUCUAGUUAAUGUAAUGUAAAUUGUAUUGAAAUUUACAGUGUGCAAAAAAUUUUACCUUUGCCUAAGUGUUUGAUAAAAAUGAACUGUUCUAAUAUUUAUUUUUAUGGUGUUUCAUUUUUCAAUACAUGCUCUUUUGAUUAAAGACAUUUAUUACUGUUGUCAAUUGAAUCCACACCCACAAAUAUAUUACCAGAGAAAAAGUUUCUUCUCAAGAAAUGGUUUAUCUUCUUUCUGUUUCUCUGCGUUUGGCUGGUGAAUGGUUAAGAAAUCUCUUCAGAAAUAAGGUAUUUCAUAAACUGUGGUACAAAUUUCUUCAAACAUUUUACUUGGAGGCAAGAAUUGUCUAAUUUCCAUUGUGCAAGACAUGUGCCUUACAAUUAUUUUUAGUUUAGAAUUCAGCAGAUUUUGUAAUAAAAUGACUUUAUUAAUAGCUGUACAAACAAUGGUGCAGUCUAUCCUCCAAAAGAAGUGGCGUACACAGUAUAAAUCAUAUGUCUUCACAUGUUGCCUAUACAACUAUAAGCAGCUCUCUGAGGGUUCUGGAAUCAAUAUGGUCCUUCUCUUGCUCAUACAACAUAAAUGGUUGUUUGAGACUUGGGAGUGACCCUGGAGGCAGAUAUUUGCAGAGUUUGUCUAAGUUUUCCUUAGCUUAGCCUGUAAAUAUAUAUAUUAGUAUCUGAUGAAGUCUUACAGUUUGGACCAGGUGAAUGGUCACCAUCAGUGUGGAGUUAAGCACAGUUCACUGACAAUUCAGGAGAGAAAGAAGCUAUGAAUUCGUGUGAGAAUGGGUUAGAGUCCUUCAGUGGUCAAAUAUUCACUGUGGAGGUCUUGCUUUAGGUAACAAACGGUAGCUCCCUUCUGUCUGGUCUCCCUCUAAUGUCUUCAAUGCUGUGUCUUGUUCUUUUCUAGAGAGAGUUGUAACUAUCUGGUCUUCAAAUGUCUCUGUGCCCCCUUUAACCAAAUAAAGAGUUCUUGUUUCUGAA